AUGAGAAAAAAAAACACCGUUAACAGAUUUGAAAAUCCUAAAGUCUAUACCCCCUACCGUUACCGUCGACCGAAUGUAAUCAGACUUCGAGGGUCGGUGUUACUAAGAAUUAUCGGUCCAACUCUCUUCAUCGCCGCAUUUUCGGCAGUUGUUACGACGCUUUAUACUCAUACAUCGCUUAAGCUGGGAAUGAGUCAAUCGUUUUCUACUUUGGUUGGUUUCGUGGUUUCGCUGUUACUUGCUUAUAGGACCAAUACUGCUUACGAUAGAUACUGGGAAGGACGUCGAUUAUGGUCCACAAUGACUGUAGCAAUUCGAAACAUCGCUCGAUGCAUUUGGGUAAAUGUCGAUGAGAGGGUACCCAAAGACCUGCUUGAGAAGAAAACCGCAAUUAACUUACUUUUGGGAUUCGCCGUUGCCACAAAACAUUACCUUCGUGAAGAAGAUGGUGUCAAUUAUGACGACCUCAAGCCUUUCAUCGCAGACAUUCAAUCCGAUCUCCCCGGUUUCAUUGACACUCAGGCUCAAUCCGCCAGCAAAGAAGGUCUUUCGUCAAAACAAACCACUUUUAAAUGGCUAAUGGAACUAAUGCAAAAUAAUUCAAAAGCUACCAAUCCUAUGUUACUCCUAAAUCACAAUCUCCCUUUAACAAUUACAUUGUAUCUUUCUUCCUACAUUCGUACCCAAAAAACCAAAAGCCCCCAGGCCACUGAUGAUGGAUCCAUCAACUUGAUGUAUGCAAACCUAAGUACCAUGGUGGAUUGUUUAACCAAUCUGGAGAGGGUACUAAGGAGUCCCAUUCCACGGGCCUACGCGAUUCACCUCUCGCAAACUACGUGGGUAUACUGUUUGGCAUUACCAUUUCAAUUAGUAUCUUCCAAUGGGUGGAACACAAUAUUAAUUACAUUCUUGGUGUCGGCGGUUUUGUUGGGAGUGGAAAAGAUUGCCGAAGAGAUAGAGAAUCCAUUUGGGAUUGAUGAGAAUGAUUUAGACCUGGAUGAUUUCUGCGGUAUCUUGAGGCUAGAAUUAUCCACCAUCACCGCCCACAAAAUUCCCUCGAUUGAUGAGUGGAUGUACAGCCCCGAUAAUCGGGUAUUCGAAAAUAACGACAUUUCGGUGCAAGAAGCAAGUAAGCAAUCGUUCAAUGAAUUGAGAAACUUACUUUCUGAUGAAAAUGAAAAGACUCGAUUAAGUGUGUCAACCGAAAGAUUGGCCUCGGUCAAUCCUGAGGAACAAGAAAAAAAGGAAGAUAAGAUUUCAAUUAAUGUGGAAGAGAUUAGUGAUAACAAGGAGGAAUUAAAAUAG